AUGGCUCCGCCUCGCGGGCGUCAAGACCUCCUUGCCCUGCUCAUGCCUACAAUUAUCGGCCACAAAGACGAAUUUGGCAAAGAGGAAACUUGUCCGCUCCCACUCACGUUCGACCGCAUCAACGAAGGCCGGCCGUUCUCAAGGAACUUUAUCCUUGCCCGCCUGCCCAUAGAGUUGCUAGCUCGGUCGCGGCAAUUCGCAAGCAUCGCAUUUGAUUACAGCGAUAGCGCUGUAGGAAUCCUUCGCAUUCUGCUACAAGAACAGGCGGAACGUAGUCGUAAUGGUGGUCGGACACGGCUGCCAUCCAUCGGCGCCUGCAUUCGAGGAAUCAUCGUCGCAACAAAUCCCGGAUCGAUCAAAUACCGCCACGGGCUCGAUCUUGAUGGAAAAUUCAGCGAACUUGACAAAGAAGAAAAAGAGCAGAUACUCGAUCAGGCAGACGAGGCUUUCUUUGGCUCCUAUAUGCAUCCUCUCAUUAUGGCCCUCACCGAUACUUCCGUUUUGCCACAUUUGGAACGCUUCGAAUGGUGCGAUAACGUCAUUUUCGACAAAAGUAUCUUUGAGGCAAUCACAUGCUCAAGGAUCCAGCAUCUUUUGUUGCGUCAUGUCUCGGUAGAUCAAGAGUUCACCCUGGAUAAGAUACCCGGUAGUUGUGGGUGGCGGUUGAAGUCACUCUACCUUGACGUGAGGUGGACGUUUGGCGGCGGCUUGGGUAAGGAAACUGGAAGAACAUCCCCGCUCAUCGCCCAACUUCUUGCACUGGCGGCGCAAACAUUGGAAUCACUGGUAUGGAGCUGCUUCCCCAACCCUCUAGACAACACGGCCUUGCUCACCGAUUGCGCCGACGGGGUACCAUCGUUCCCCAAGUUGAAUGACCUCCACAUCAGUUUCACCAUGCCGUAUGAUCCAGCUUGGCUGGAAGUAUUGAUCCAACCAGGAAACCGCAGCCCGAUCCGCCACUUGGACAUGGAUAUUGCGAGUAGUCCCCGGGUCACAGAUUUCUUCAAGACAUGCGGUACAUUGCCGCGUCUGGAGACCUUCGUAUGGAAAACUUAUUACAAGGAGGAACUGGACUGCUCCUUUCUCAGAGCCAAUCCGCGGCUUUGCAAGCUCAUGCUCGAUGGUUCGGUACCAGCUCAUUUGCUUGAAGAGGAGGUCCUGCCUACGCUAAGCCAGUCCUUUGACAAUCUUGUGUCCUUGAGUCUGACGUGGGAGAGUGACGAUAUUUCGCGGAAGGCCCUCACCCAGAUCUCGACGUUGCGAGGCCUCGAGCAGCUGUGCCUUAGUGCCGGAAACCAGUUCGGGCCGCGAUACACUUGGAUUGCCGAUCACGAUGUCAUUUUAGACUGUUGUCGCGGCCUGCAAAGGGUUCGAAAGCUUGCUUUUCGCCGGGACACUUACCAGCUCGAACCAUAUCAUCUUCUGGAGCAUCCAGAUCCUCAGCGCUACUACGGGCAGAGGAUUCCCCGCGACUUGGUGAACAUGAUGGACGAUCCAGAGUGGUUCCUGCAAGAAAUGGACCCGGUCACAGCGACUGAAAAAUCUUGGGAAAUGCAACAUCUAGGUGACAUGGUUAGGAUAGCCGAGAAGUACGCGACAGCCCUGCCUCAUCUGGAUUGGGUCUAUCUUGGAGAGCUUCCUAUGCAAAUUAAAAGGGGACCAGAUGGGCACCUGAAAGUCAUUCCGCUAUCUCAGGAGCGGGACUCGUGCUGGACGCUUCUGCGAAGGAUGUUUGGGAGGUCAAAUGAUACCAGCCUCUGAAGACUCGGGCCGCGGCAUCCACAAGACAAGGUCUGCGGUUGAAGGAUUGGCAUUGGAAGCAAAUUCCCAGAUUCCCUUAGCGGCGGCAUAACCCACGUAUUUGGUCUAUUAGAGCGCAACCCUAGUCUUAUCUACUAAGAUUCGAGAUGGAAUACAGAGGCGGAAUAACUUUUAUCUUCUCUCCUCGACCCAAUAUCAUAGAGAUGCCGCGACAACUUUUCGUUACUCCUGUGAUCUGAGGACAAUGG